AAACACAGACCUGGCAACCCUGCUGCACCUUGGGCUGUAGUAGUGAUGAAACGCCUUAUCACUACUAGCUUUUGAGCCGCCCGCAAAUACUCAUUCAGCUCUUGGUGCUGCGGGUGGAGACAGAGAGAAACGGGUGACAGCGACCAGCAAUGUCAGGCAGGUAAAAGCGUGAUUGAAGCUGCUGAGAUGAGCGACAGAGCCGUGAUGAGAGGGCCCGUAACCCGCGGAAGGAGGACGACUAUCACCGGCGGCGGAGCUGCCAACGCGAAACAAGCCAACGGGAGCAAGUGUCACGAUGCCGGGGAGAAACCCCUAGCGAUAAAUUCUGCUAAAGCCAAAACAGAGGUGUCCAAGCAUGCAAGUAACAUCGGGAAGGUGGACAGACAGACGGGGAUGCCAGGGCAGCAGCAGCAGCUCACAAACUGUCAGAAGAAACAGAGCAGUGCGGUGGAAGAUAUCCACGAGAGACUCAGCUGCCACACCCUCCAGGAGUCUCUCUUGAGCUCAGCCAGUGGCUACAGCAACUACAGAGGAAUCCUCAACUGGUGUGUCGUCAUGCUGGUGCUGAGUAAUGCACGCCUCUUCUUGGAGAACAUUAUCAAGUAUGGUAUCUUGGUGGAUCCUAUCCAAGUAGUGUCUCUCUUCUUGAAGGACCCCUAUAGUUGGCCAGCAGCUUGCCUCAUCAUUGUGUCUAAUGUGUUCAUCUUAGCAGCCUUGUACACAGAGAGACGUCUGGCUGUGGGUACCAUUUCCGAAAUGACAGGACGGAUUCUUCACAUUUUUAACCUGAUGUUCAUAUUGAUCUUCCCUUCAGCAACUGUACUCACAUUGACCUCCAUGACCCCAGUGGGUGGUGUGCUCUCCCUAGGAGUCUACACAGUGCUGUUUCUCAAGCUGUACUCCUACCAAGACGCCAACAGGUGGUGUAGAGAAAUCAGACAAGCGAAAGCCAAGAGACUAACACGAUCAUACUCAUGUCCGUCUAUGGCACAAUCCAACGGUUCAGCAGUUCAUGCUCGCGUCUCCUACCCAGGCAACCUCACCCACAGAGACAUGUACUACUUUGUCUGUGCCCCGACUCUCUGCUACCAGCUCAACUUCCCGCGGUCACCUCGAAUACGCAAACGGUUCCUGAUCAGAAGACUUCUUGAAAUGCUUUUCUUCACGCAGCUGUUGGUUGGACUGAUACAGCAGUGGAUGGUUCCCACUAUUCAGAACUCGAUGAAACCAUUCCAGGAUAUGGACUUUUCGAGAAUGGUGGAGCGCCUCCUAAAGUUAGCUGUCCCUAACCAUCUGAUAUGGUUAAUAUUCUUCUAUUGGUUUUUCCACUCUUCUAUGAACUUUGUGGCAGAGCUGAUGCAGUUUGGAGACAGAGAGUUCUACAAAGACUGGUGGAACUCUGAGACCGUCACAUAUUUCUGGGCCAACUGGAAUAUCCCAGUUCACAAAUGGUGCCUAAGACACUUCUAUAAGCCCAUGCUGAGGAAGGGGGUCAACAAGUUUAUGGCUCAGACUGCCGUCUUCCUGCUGUCUGCCUUCUUCCACGAGUACCUAGUGAGUGUUCCUCUGAAGAUGUUUAGACUGUGGGCCUUUAUGGGAAUGAUGGCUCAGGUUCCCCUGGCUUGGUUUGUGGGUCGUUUCCUGAAUGGAAACUAUGGCAACGCCGCUGUGUGGAUCUCACUCAUCAUUGGCCAGCCUGUCGCUGUGUUGAUGUACGUCCAUGACUACUAUGUCAUUCAUUAUGGGAGCACUACAUAAAACUGGACACACAUACUCCCACAGACACACACACACCCACACACACCAGCCUGCAGGACAGCUCAGUGAGUGAAUCCAGAGCAAGUUGAAGUGACUGUAAGAGAAAACCCUGCUAAUAUGAGCGAGUCAGUAAACCACAACGACAGCAGGAAAAUUGUUUUUGACUUCUUGAUUUUUGCACUAAAGAGAAAUGAACCAUAGUAUGAUUCUAACAACAUGAGGACUGUUUGGUUUGAAGCAAUAUUCCACUUUAGUAGGACAAACAUACCAUUGUAGUCAGCAAACACUGGGAUCCGCAGUCACCACCUGCUCUAAAUCUCUGUAUCUAGCAUUGGAUGUUCCGGCCAAAUGAUCCUGGACCCAAAGUCAAACAGCACUUAGAUCUCUGUUAUUGGAAUUGAUCCCUCACUGUUAGAUCUGUUAGAAGUAUGAUUUCCUCUUUUGAUUUUGGCUGACGAUUCAUGAGCUCAAAGGAUAUGCGCGCUAGGGUGAAACUCUUCUGCGUGACUUUUGACAACAGUUUUUACAUUUAAAAACAUGUCAUUGCAUCCACAAGUGGAAACACUGCUUUUUAGCCAAGCACUCCUUGAGCACACAUUGUCUUCUGCAACUAAAUGUGAACCACUGCCAAGCGAGCACGGGAUCCUGAAGAGAAGAGAAGAUAUGAAAAUGUUGUUUCUAUAUCUGUGGAUUAGAAGUCACUGUUUUUCUUGUAUCUAAAAGCAACUGAGAAAUUAUGAAGCCUGCUAAACAGUUCCUACAAGUUAAGGCUUAAGCCAAUUUAGGGUGUCUCCAGAUCUUCAAACUGACCACAGUAACAGUUUUGUACAUGUGCUCUGUAUAUAAGUCCCUCUCUUUCUGAUGCAAUGCAGUUGUUGAGUAUUACAGAAAUGUAUAAUAAAAUGAUUUGUUAAACAAAAAGGUCAGUGGCUGUAAACUGUAGAAAGACAAGGAGGGAAGGAGCUAUAAAGGGAAGGAGGAAAAAGUAAAAGGAUGUUUUUUGACCUUAUUUGUACAGUCCUCCAGGCAGCCUCUCCUCUUCUGUUUCUCUACUACAAACAUCAAUGCAAGCUCUUGGUGUAACAGUGUGUUGUUUGCCUUGGCUUUGUAUCUUGUGUUGCAUUUGACUUCAUCAGAUGGGUUUAUUUUAUACUUAUGUAUAAUUUUGUGUUGGUAUGACAGUAUGCAGUCAAGUAUUGCCAUCUUCAAAUUAUAAUUUGUUGUAUUUUAUUUGAAAUCAAUGAUUUAAUGCACGAGUUGAUUUACUGAUUUGAACCAAUGAUUGUUUUUUUGCACUUUAAAGAGAUAUAUGCUGUUGACUAAAGCAAUAGAUUUCUAUGAAUGUAUUUAAGUUAUAUCAAUUGUGUAAGGAAAAUACAUUUGUCAAAAGUAUUUGUAUGUUUUACAAUUUGCUUGUUGACAUGUAUGUUAUGGUAUUAUUAUUGCAGUUUGUUUCAAAGUAAAACAGCAGCUGCAGUAGAAAUAAGAGUUUCAAUGACAGGAUUUUUUUUUCUUUAAUUUUUUUUUAAACUGCUUUCCAAAUACAUAAUGACAGUUGUCUGGACAUGUUAAAUCAAAGCCUUAUGUGCUUCUUUUUUUUUUCCCUUUUGUGAGAUUUACCCUCAUUCCUUAUUAAUCACAUUUCAGGGAAAACCAGUUAUCCAAAAAAUAAAGUGUGUUGUCAUUCCUUAUUAAAAUGUAUAAGUGCCUGCUGUAAAAAUAAAACAAAACUUAUAUACCAGUAGUUUUACAUAGAAAAGACAGGCAAAAUACUUCUAAAGACCAUUCUUUAAUCUUUUUGUCUAUGUAGCCAACAGAUUCACAAUGCAUUUAUAUUUACUCAUGCCCUUAAUUAAAAUUCCUGUCCAAAUGCAACCUAACCCUUAAAAGUGUGACACCUUUUUCAAAUGUUAAUUUUGAAAGAAGUAAUUUUUAUGUUUGCUUUUGGAGAACCUUAUGUAAGAGUCAUGCAUAAAUCUUAUGUUAUUAUCUUAUGGUACUUCAGCAUACAAAUGGUAGCUUAAAUAUCAAUUCGUGUGACAAAUCAUUGUUUUUCUCAUUUGACUGCUGUGAAAAAUUCAUUUGCGCAAUUGAAUUGUUUACAUUUCAUUUGACUUUGUUUUGCUUUUGUGAAAUUUCUUGGAAAUGGAAAAUAAUGAAGGGGGUGCUGACCUCGGAGUUUAACAUAAGUGUCAGCACCAAGUGUUAUUCACCUGAAGUCCACAACUUCCUGUGUCCAUGCUAUUACUGCACCGAUCCUGCUCUUGGAAUAGGAGUUGAAGAUGCUUUAAGUUGAACUGUCUUUUAAGGGUUAAUUUUGUUUGCGGAUGAUUGUGUAGUACAUGUAGUAAAAUGAAUGUAUUUCUGAGCUGUUCAUACUGUACACAGAAAUCCAAAGUGAAACAAAGAUUAUAUGUUUUGGGAAUGCAAAUAAUUUUCAUAGCCUUUCACUUGAAAUUAUGUGUUUGAUAAAGAAUAUUUAUAUAUGAUGAA